AUGGCUUCCAGCAAAACUCUAACUAUUCUCGCUGUCGCUGCAGUUGCGGCGGCUAAAAGUGCCAUGGUGCUGCACGAUAGCCUGGCCGCUGUCCCUGCCGGUUUCGUCAGCCACGGCCCGGCUCCAGCGACCCACGAGCUGGAACUGCGAUUUGGUCUUGCGGGCAACGACGUCAAGGGGCUGCAGGCCAAGCUGAUGGAGGUCUCGACACCUGGAAGCGCCAACUUCCGUCAGUGGCUCUCGAAGGAGGAGGUUCGUUCUGUUCUGUGUAUUUUGGCGCUGGGUGCUGGGUUUGCUGAGCAUAUGCAGGUCAAGACUCACAUGGCGCCUUCGUCGGCGACCUUGUCGGCUUUCAACUCCUUCGCGUCCGCCCAUGGAUUGAACACGACCAAGGUUUCACCUUACGGAGAGUGGAUCACCGCCACGGUCCCUGUGGCCAAGGCCAACGAGAUGUUCGAUGCCAACUUCGAGCUGUUCUCGCACCCCGACCUAGAUGGCAAGAUCGCGCGCACGAUGUCCGUUUCUCUCCCAAGCGAGAUGGUGGGCGUCGUGAACGUGGUCCAUCCCUCGACGGCCUUCGCGCCGCCCCCGUUCAAAAACGCGCCGUCGCUGAUCCAGAUCCCGGUGCCCAAGCUCAAGCGCGGCAUCGCUGCAUCGUGCAACACCAGCGAACCGAAUGGAGUGACGACCCCCGCAUGCUUGCAGGCAGUGCACGGCAUCCCGGCUACCCCGGCCACUCAAGCCAACAACUCGCUACUGGUGACGGGGUAUGUCACCCAGCAUGCGCAGAAAGCCGAUUUGCAGGCGUUCUUGGAACAACUCCGUCCGGACAUGCAUUCAUCGACGGGGUUCAGCCUCGAGUCGGUCGAUGGCGGAGACAACCCGCAGGGGCCUGACUUGGCUGGCUUCGAGGCGAGCUUGGACAUCCAAUACACCGUCGGUGUAGCGACUGGCGUGCCCACGAUUUUCCUCUCGAAUGGCAACGACACGGACAUCUUCGGCGCUUUCAUCCACACGGCGACCUACCUGCAAGGCGUCAGCAAUCCCCCGUCGGUCAUGACCACUUCGUACACCUUGGACGAACCGACCGUCGAUCCUGCGGUUGCCAACGCUAUCUGCGAUGCCUACAUGGCACUGGCCGCCCGGGGCGUCUCCGUCAUUUUUGCCGCGGGAGACGGCGGAGUGCGUGGCGGACACGACGAUUCGAGUGUCUGCGACAAUGAGGCACUGACCCCGGCGUUCCCCUCGACCUGCCCAUUCCUGACCGCAGUCGGCUCGACAUUCGGCAUCCCGGAGAAAGCUGCCAACUUCUCGAGUGGCGGCUUCUCCAACAUCUUCCCGGCGCCGGCCUACCAGACCGCCCAGAUUGCUUCCUUCCUCAAGACGGUCCCGUCUGACUUCAACGCCACGUUCAACCUCACCGGGCGUGGCUUCCCCGACGUCUCCACCCAGGGCUGGAACUUCCAGAUCAUCAACAACGGCAUCACCUCCUUGGAGAGCGGCACGAGCGCGUCGGCACCAACAUUCGCAUCCAUCAUCGCGUUGAUCAACGACCGGCUCAUCGCUGCGGGCAAGCCCGUGCUUGGCUUCUUGAACCCGUUCCUGUACGCCAACCCCGGCGCGUUCAACGAUGUCACCGCGGGCCAUAACUCGGGAGCUGUGUGCCCCGAGUCCGGCGUCGGUUUCGACGCUACGACCGGCUGGGAUCCCCUCAGUGAGUUGCGCGGGAUUGGGAACCCCCAACUUUACGAGCCUCCUUGCCGCGGCGAUGGCUUGAGGAGUAGUCGUGCAGGGGUGGGCUACCAAGGAGUGACGGACUGAUCGAUCUUUACUAAGCUUAAUUUUAAUGAAGUAUUCAAUGGCGGGAUUGUCCUUCGACAAGUCUGAACCUAUGUCCUUGCCAACGCCAGCUUACGGCUCUCCACCCUCGGACUUUCGCCAAGAGUGUUCCGCGUGGAUGGGAUGUGAAAUCCACGCAUUGUGUGCUGUUCAGCUACCGCGCAUCGCAGCGCUCCUUUUUUUCUCCGUUCGACAUGCGAAAUCGGCUGUAUCCCAGGGCCGAUUCUCAACAGCGCUGGAUCCUUACGUCUUUCGGAUUUGCGCAGACCAGCAGAGGGUUCAGACAAAUGUGUUUGCAGAAACGACUCAUGGACAGUGAC